AUGACUGCCACCACGUUUUUGAGUGGAGAGAGUAAACGAAGAGGUGGCAAAAUUAUCUAUGACGGUCAUUGUUUGACGCUGCUGUCUGUUUACCACAUUCUAACUGUUGUGAAAAAAGUAAUGCAAGAUAGCCUUCAAAUAGACUCCAAAAGAAGCCGUUUUCCAUACAGCAUAGUGUGGACACCGCUGCCAGUUAUCACAUGGAUCAUUCCCUUCAUAGGUCACAUGGGCAUUGCAACAUCGGGGGGCAUCAUUCGGGACUUUGCCGGACCAUACUUUGUUUCCGAGGACAAUAUGGCCUUCGGAGAGCCAACUAAAUACUGGCAACUAGACGUUGCUCUGGCCGCUAACGGAAAAAGAGGCUGGGAUGAAGCAGUCUCCAGUGCGUCAUCAACAUACUGUCACAGAAUGCACAAUAUAUUUUGCGACAAUUGCCACUCACAUGUGUCUUUAGCGCUGAACUUGAUGAAUUACAAUGAUCAAUCUAAUUACAACAUGUUCAAGACAUUUUGUCUAUUCACGUUCAACUGUAAAUAUGUGAGCUUUUAUGGUUUCCUCAAAACGUGGCUUCCAUUUCUCAUUGUGAUCGCCAUCAUAACGGCAAUCGUCUACUUUUCUCGUGGUAUAUAA